CUUUUCCAGUCUUCAGUUAACAGUGGCUCUAUGUCUGCAAUGAAGCCUGGUGCAGAGUAGGUGCUGAAAUAGUUUUCAACUGAACAAAUGAACACUUAGAUGGGUUAAUGGCCUUGCAUUAAUAUCCUUGGAUCUGGAUAUAGCUGUAAUUAUUCUUGAAAAGUGACAAAUGUUAAGGAUGAUCAGAAGAGGAUUGUUUGUUUGGACUGAGGUAUCAUCCAGAGCGGCUGGAGCUUGAGUCUCGCUGGGGCAGGCGCCUGCAGAGAGACAGGAAGCCUGUCAAACACCCCCUUUUCCUUCUUCUGGGAGCGGAAACCAGAGGGGGAAGAUCCCACCCAGAAAAUCUUUGUGCCUAACCUGCGUCACUUCCAGCUCUACAUUGUUUUUAAAAAGUCACACAUCACAAAGUGCAUAUUGACUCAGGGAGAAUUUGGUGGUGUAGAUCACAGUUUUGCAGGCUGCUCUGCUGUUAAACAUGGUAUUUGUUGAUUACAGUAAAUUUGGAACACAGAAAAGGUUGGGAUAAGAAUACAUAUCACCCCGAUUUCACAGUCAAGAAAUAGUCACUGUUGAAGCUUGGGAACAUGUUCUUUCUAGGUGCACCUGUCACUCCAAAGGAUCCUCUCAGGGAGCCUCCUGUUGCCAGCCACCAUGACUGUGAGGGGGGCUGCACUGGCUCCAGAUCCAGCAUCACCCACCACCGCAGCAGCAUCACCCAGCGUCUCUGUGACCCCCGAGGGCAGCCCCAUGGCCAUGGAGCAGCCUGUGUUCCUGAUGACCACCGCAGCUCAGGCCAUCUCUGGCUUUUUUGUGUGGACAGCCCUGCUCAUCACCUGCCACCAGAUCUACAUGCACCUGCGCUGCUACAGCUGCCCCAAUGAGCAGCGCUACAUCGUGCGCAUCCUCUUCAUCGUGCCCAUCUACGCCUUUGACUCCUGGCUCAGCCUCCUCUUCUUCACCAACGACCAGUACUAUGUGUACUUCGGCACUGUCCGCGACUGCUACGAGGCAUUGGUCAUCUACAAUUUCCUGAGCCUGUGCUAUGAGUACCUUGGGGGAGAGAGCGCCAUCAUGUCGGAGAUCAGAGGGAAGCCCAUCGAGUCCAGCUGCAUGUACGGGACGUGCUGCCUCUGGGGAAAGACUUAUUCCAUUGGAUUUCUGCGGUUCUGCAAGCAGGCUACCCUGCAGUUCUGCGUGGUGAAGCCACUCAUGGCCGUCAGCACUGUGGUCCUCCAAGCCUUCGGCAAGUACCGGGAUGGGGACUUCGAUGUCACCAGUGGCUACCUCUACGUGACAAUCAUCUACAACAUCUCGGUCAGCCUGGCCCUCUACGCCCUCUUCCUCUUCUACUUUGCUACCCGGGAGCUGCUCAGCCCCUACAGCCCCGUCCUCAAGUUCUUCAUGGUCAAGUCUGUCAUCUUUCUCUCCUUCUGGCAAGGCAUGCUGCUGGCCAUCCUGGAGAAGUGUGGGGCCAUCCCCAAGAUCCACUCGGCCCGUGUGUCAGUGGGCGAAGGCACUGUGGCUGCCGGCUACCAGGACUUCAUCAUCUGUGUGGAGAUGUUCUUCGCGGCCCUGGCCCUGCGGCAUGCCUUCACCUACAAAGUGUAUGCGGACAAGAGGCUGGAUGCACAAGUGCCAACAUACGGCCCUUACGGCCGCUGCGCCCCCAUGAAGAGCAUCUCCAGCAGCCUCAAGGAGACCAUGAACCCACAUGACAUUGUGCAGGACGCCAUCCACAACUUCUCGCCUGCCUACCAGCAGUACACACAGCAGUCCACCCUGGAGCCUGGGCCCACCUGGCGGGGCGGCGCCCACGGCCUCUCGCGCUCCCACAGCCUCAGUGGCACUCGAGACACUGAGAAGACGCUCCUGCUCAGCUCUGACGACGAGUUCUAGGUGUGGGCGCCUUGGCCGGGGCAACGUGCCCUCCUCCAGCCUCCCAGCCAGGCCAGGAGGCAGCUGGCACAGCUUUGCCAGUGCCCUUUAUUUAUUGGACCAGAAACAUAUCGCUCCCAGAGGAGCAGCCCAGCCCUCUCUGCUGGGGACAGCCCAGGCUCACCCAUGAGCCUUCAGGAAUAUUUAUACACAGCCAGCCCUGCACUGCGCAGCCAGAGCAGAGGAGUCUGGGAGCAGCUCCCAUGUCCCCGCUGCCUGGCCUGUGGUAGAGGCACAGCACACUGGGACCAGCCUUCCAGGCCCCUCCCCUGUCAGGCCCGCCCACCCCAUACUGUGCAAUACCCUGACCUGUUCUCUUCCCUGCCCGCUCCCUCCCUGCCCACCCUUGUCCAAUGCUAGAGCCUAGAUCCGCCGCACCCCAGGCUGGCAGGAGGAGGGGAUAUGGAUGCCCUGGACACCCUCCCUCCCUGAUCUAGGCCCACCUGGCAUGCUGCAAGGAUCAAAGCCAGAUACCAGGAGCCACAGGCCCCACCUAGGAGUAGGGGGCUCUUGGCCCUGGCUGUCCUCAUCUGUUAGGGCCACAUCCUGCCCCUUCUUCCUGGCCUGCAGAGGGCGGUUGCACUGCCCUACCCGGGUCCUAUUCUCGAUGGGUUUGAGGAAAGCCCUUGCUUCCUGGCUGCCCCAGGGUUCAGGCGUUUCCUUCUCCUUCCAGGCCUCCCCAUCCCCUUCAGGGUUUAGGUCUGAGCCUCCACAUUUCAGACCAGCAUCCAGGGAGGACAGGAGGGAUGGCCAUGCAUCAGGGGCCCGGAGAUGGGAAGAAUGGUCCCAGACUCCUCUCCCAGCCCCUGUCCACACGGAGCCUGUUGUUCUGCCUUGUCUGGUCCCCUGCCCAUCUCUUCUGUGCCUUAGUCACAUAUGAAAGUCCCUCUCAGCCCCCUCAUCUGUCCAGAUGCCCCCAGGGGGCUCCCUGGUAAGUUGCUGGCACUCAGGAUCCCACAGUGUUGGCCCAGACACCCGUGGACAGGUUGCAGCGGUGGCCAGGGCUGCCUGUUCCCCCUCCCUGACUGCCUCAUGCCCAUGUUCCCAGUGCUGGAGGCCCAGACAGGCCAGCCUUCUGCCAGUCACCACCUUGGGAAGACCCUUGGGAGGUGGCAUGUUCAUGCAGGCCUUGAGUCCGGGCAUUGGAAACUCAGGGAGCACUUGGGUUUGGGCUACAGAAGUUGAUGGGAGGGUGGGAGAAGGGUCCUUGCCUUGUGGCACACUGGAAGCUUGCUCUUUUGGUCACCCCUGGAAUGAACAGGCUGCCUCCCUGGGGUCUGGGGGGAGGCUCUGGUGGUGCACCUGCCUGGCCUCGCUGUCCCCUCAGGCUCAGGGGCUGUGGGGGGGGUGCUGGUGGCCAGUUCUCCAGCCCAUCUGGGUGGGCCUGGCCAGCUGGUCCCAGACCACCCUGGAAGGCAGCUGCAGGUGCAGGCUGUUCCGGAAGCAGCUCUGCCUCCUUCCCACGUUGUCUUUCACAGAUCUGUUUCUCUGACACAUCUUCCUUCUCCUUCCAGGCCAAAGCGUGUUGUUGCCGGUUCCUGGCCCUCUUGGUCUUUGCCCAUCCUGGAUCGUGCCCACUAGUGUGGGUGGGUGGGGCUAGGGGAGCUUGGUGGCAGGGAACAAGUGGUCUCUGGGGACACGGGGAUGGAAACCCAGGCCCAACUGCUCUAUCCCCUCCUUCCUGGGAUGCAUAACCUACCUUGUCUUUUUUUUUUUUUUUUUUCCAGAUAGAGUAGUUCUUUGUACAUAAAAAAUACUUGAAAAAUUAAUUGUAUGAUGUAUGAGAAGACAGAGUCCCUUAGUUUUGUAUCUCGUAUGAUUGCCAUGAGUUCCACCAGAAAGCCACUCUAUUUUGGUCUCUGACAUUUUAAAUGCGUGACAGAAGUGAGCAAAUAAAGUGAGGAAGAGAUAUAUAUAUGAGAUAAUAUAGAUUGUAUUGAAAUCUC